CCCAUCACACACCCCAGCACACCAGCCCAGGAAACUUAUAACCUCGGGAGGCAGGGCCCUCCCCUCACUGUGGCCGCAUAGCUCCCGAAGAGCGGACCGACCAGCAGUCAGCUCCAUCGCUCAGGGCAUCUGCCUCAGUCUCCGGACCCUCCAGAACUCUCUGCUCCCAGGCCACCAAACAGCCAAGAUGCUGGUGUUACUGGCUGGUAUCUUUGUGGUGCACAUCGCCGCUGCUAUAAUGCUCUUCGUCUCCACCAUCUCCAACGUCUGGGUGGUUUCAAAUGAUGUAGCGUCCUCCGUAGGACUUUGGAAGAACUGUACUAGUGGUGACUGCACGGACACCCUGACCUACGGCGAUGAAGAUGCUCUCAAGGCAGUGCAAGCCUUCAUGAUCCUCUCCAUCAUCUUCUGUGUGAUCUCCCUUGUGGUCUUCGUGUUCCAGCUCUUCACCAUGGAGAAGGGAAACCGCUUCUUCCUCUCAGGGUCCACCAUGUUGGUGUGCUGGUUUUGCAUACUGGUUGGAGUCUCCAUCUACACUCACCAUUAUGCCAACACUGACAGGAACUUUUCCACCAGCAACCACCACGGCUACUGCUUCAUCCUGACCUGGAUUUGCUUCUGCUUCACUUUCAUUAUUGGCAUUCUCUACAUGGUCCUGAGGAAGAAAUAAGAUGAACAAGCUUAUGGGGACCUGGUGGGGCGGGCAUGGGGAGGAGGAAGCAGCUUAAUCUGGGAGGGAAGCAGAAGUUAUUGUGUAGGAAUA